UCAUCACGUGUUCACCUCCUUCAGAGCUAGCUGGAGUCGGCAGGAGGGAUUGUGCACACAAACAGGCACGGCGCCUUGUUUUUGGAGCUCUUGAUUCACAAAUUGAGUGGGCGAGAAAACAGUUAUCGGAAUACAGCGCAUUGUGCCGGUUUUGCACAUUUGGCGUCCUCUGAGUUUUUUCUGUUCUUUUUAAAAGUCGGGUGCAUAUUUUCUUUUAUUUUUCUUGUUUGCACUUUUACGUUUGCAGGGAUAUUGACUGAAUCAGCAAACUGGUUAUCUCUAUGGGGUCGUACGGGAACGGUGCUUGUUUUGGUCGUGCAUUUGGAACUCCGGACUGAAAGCAGAUACAAUUUUUCUUUUAUUUUUUCUACUCAAAUCUUUGAGUAGUUUACCAUGCAUAUGGCACACAGCGAGUGUAUUAUAAAUGCUGAAAUAUUUAAAGAUGUAACACUCUGCGAAGGUCCCGUACUCUAGCAAGGGAUUGUUUUGGCACGGAGCUGUUACCUAAUUGAACCGCUCUCUUGGCUAGCUACGUUAGCGAGGUUGCUAGCUAAUGAAACAAGGGUACGUAAACGUGUUUUGCAGAUAGCUGAGUCAGUCUCGUUGUGCAACCUGUUUUUGACUCACUAUAUGAUUUGGAGUUUUCGAGAGAUUAUUCCACUUUUUGAACACAGUAUAUACAGCCACAUAUUUUCCGAACAUGGCAAGCCCGGCCUCCGAUCAUGGUUGUUUUUCGGACGUGAGAAAGGUGGGUUAUUUAAGGAAACCCAAAAGCAUGCACAGGAGAUUUUUUGUACUGCGGACUUCAAGUGUCUCUGGACCUUCCAGAUUGGAAUACUACGAAAACGAGAAAAAAUGGAGACACAAAUCGGGCGCUCCCAAGAGAUCGAUUCCAUUAGAGAGUUGCUUCAAUAUUAACAAGAGGGCCGACUCCAAAAACAAGUAUCUGGUGGCGCUGUAUACUAAGGAGGAAUAUUUUGCAAUCGCAGCCGAUAGUGAACAGGAGCAGGACCUGUGGUACCAAGCGCUGCUCGACCUGCACAACAGGGGUAAGCUGCACGAGCCCGCCGCGGGCAGCGGAAUGGGGGAGGACACUUACGGAGAGGCCACGCCGGGACCUGCCUUCAAAGAAGUUUGGCAAGUUAUUUUAAAACCAAAGGGACUGGGACAAAUAAAAAAUUUGAUCGGGAUUUACAGAUUGUGCCUAACGAAUAAAACUAUCAGCUUUGUUAAGCUGAACUCGGACGCAGCCGCCGUUGUUCUGCAGCUGAUGAACAUUCGGAGAUGUGGUCAUUCUGAGAAUUUCUUUUUCAUCGAAGUGGGGAGAUCCGCCGUUACAGGACCCGGGGAAUUUUGGAUGCAAGUUGAUGACUCAGUUGUAGCGCAGAACAUGCACGAAACUAUUCUAGAAGCCAUGAAAGCAAUGAGUGAGGAAUUUCGCCCAAGGAGUAAAAGUCAGUCUUCCUCCAAUUGCUCCACUCCCAUUUCUGUACCGCUGAGAAGACACCACCACAACAACCCGCCCCCCAGCCAGGUGGGGCUCGGCAGGAGGUCCCGGGCAGAAAGCGUUACGGCCACGUCUCCAGCGACCCGAGGGAAACAGAGUCAUUCUUUCCGAGUGAGAGCCUGCAGCGAUGGAGAGGGCACAAUGUCCAGGCCGGCCUCUGUGGAGGGUAGCCCAGGCAGUCCCAGCUCUGCUCGGACGCACGCUCAGAGGCACAGGGGCAGCUCCCGGCUCCACCCGCCCCUCAGCCACAGCAGGUCCAUCCCCAUGCCGUCCUCCCGCUGUUCCCCCUCGGCCACCAGCCCCGUCAGCCUCUCAUCCAGCAGCACCAGCGGUCAUGGGUCCACCUCCGACUGCCUGUACCCCCGCCGCUCCAGCGCCUCUGCUUCUGGCUCCCCCAGCGACGGGGGCUUCAUCUCCUCUGACGAGUAUGGCUCCAGCCCCUGUGACUUCCGGAGCUCCUUCCGCAGUGCCACGCCCGAUUCCCUGGAGCACACCCCACCGGCCCGGGAGGAAGAGCUGAAUAACUACAUGUCCAUGGCAAAGCCCAGCCCUGUGCCUAACGGGCACUGCAGCCGUGCCCAGCCUCGCUGCACGCCCCCCCGGCUGGAGGACUCCGAGCUGGAGAAGAGCUUCAGGAAGCGGACCCAUUCCUCGGGUGCUUCGCCCCCAACCGUGUGUCACCAGAAGACCCCGUCGCAGUCCUCCACUGCGUCACUGGAGGAGUAUGCCCCCAUGAUGCCCAAUUACGGCAGGACAUCGUCGUACAGGCAGUCCGCAUUUCUGCCAUCACAGUCGUAUCCUGAGGAGAGUCUGGACCUGCCCCUGGAGGGCAGCAGGACAGGACUGGUGGAUGAUGGGUACAUGCCCAUGUCACCAGGCGUGGCUCCUGUUGCCUGCAAGAGCAAUGAUUACAUGCCCAUGAGUCCCAAAAGUGUGUCUGCGCCCCAACAGAUCCUCAGUCCACGGCCACACUGCAGAGUGGACUCCAGUGGGUACAUGAUGAUGUCGCCUAGCGUGAGCUGUUCCCCGGAGAGCGCAAACUUUGGAAAAGUCUGGACCAAUGGGGCUAAUCCCACGCUGUCCGGGGGCAGCGAGGGGAAAGGCCUGUGCGGGGAUUACAUCAACAUGUCCCCCGCGAGCUGCUCCACCACCAGCACUCCGCCCGACUGCUACUUUAACCAGGUUGAAGAGGCGCCAAAACCCAGGCACUCCUACUACUCGCUACCUCGUUCCUUCAGGCACGCCCACAGGAAGCAGGAGCAGAGCCCUCUGCGCUUCUCCGUGAGCUCCGCCCGGCUGGCCUUCGGUGACUCCUCCUCCUCCUCCACCAGCAGUGACAGCCUGGGAGGGCAGGGGAGCGGGCAGCUGCCGGUCAAACCGCCGGACGAGGCGGACGGGAGGCUGACACGGCCGACGCGCCUCUCCCUGGACGGCAGCCGGGCCAGCACGCUCCCGCGGGCCCGGGACAGCCCCUUCCCCCCGGUACCUACGAGCCCCGGAGAGUACGUUGACAUGGAGUUUAACGACAGGCCUUUUUCCGGCAGCCUCGCCUCCCUCCUUGCGCCCGCGUUUGCGGAGAGCAACUCCGAGAGACGGGCCCCGCGGUCCUCAGAGUACAUGAACAUGGAGCUGGGGGCCCAGGGCAGAAAGCCCAGGCCUGAAGCCCCAGGCCCUGCCUGCUCUGAAGACGGUGCAGAGGCUGCCACUGCCGCCCCUCCGCCUGCAGGUCCCUGUGCAGGAGCGCAGACCUGUGAGUACGUUCACAUGCAGCUCGGAGCUCUGUGCCGAGGCUACCCGGAAGCUCAGAUGGUAGUCGGGUACUCAGAGGUGAGCAGCACUGCUGAGACCCCCAGCUGCUCCAUCUCGCCCAACCAGGAGGGGGCUCUGGUGAGCGAGGUCCCAAACACCAGCUGUCUUGGGCUGAUGGGAUCAAUGUCGGGGUUAAGCGCUUUUUCCCGGGUCAAUUCCAGCCCUAACCGGAACCAGGGUGCCAAAGUGAUCCGGGCCGACCCGCAAGGGCGCAGGCGGCACAGUUCGGAGACCUUCUCCUCGGCGACCGCGGUAGCCGGAGUGGCGGCGGCCUCGCCCUGCGCGGAGGACGUGAAGCGCCACAGCUCGGCCUCCUUCGAGAACGUGUGGCUGAAGCCCGGCGAGCUGGGGCCGUGCGAGAGGAGGGAGGCGACGCCGCCGACCGCCCUCCAGAACGGCCUCAACUACAUGGACCUGGACCUGGCCAAGGAGCAGAACCCGCCCAGGGCCGGGCCCUCUGAUGACCCCAGCACCUACGCCAGCAUCAGGUUUCAGAAGGAGGAAGACCUGAGGAAAGCCACGGCACAUAGAGAAGAAUGAAGACCUGGACCUCCCUACACCCCAGUCAGCUUGCCCACCCUGCCACAAAGCACACCUCCCUCCAACCGUGAAGGUACAGCAGAGACCUGGGGUACAGCAUCUGUAUGACAGUAAAGGUACAGCACAUAUCAAUGGUACAGCACCAUCAUGAGCGUGAUGGUGCAGCACAGAGGAACGGUACAGCACCACCCUUCAGGACAGUGAUUGUGCAGCACAGACAAGCGAUACAGCACCACCCUUCUGAGCGUGAUGGUGCAGCACAGAGGCACGGUACAGCGCCACCCUUCUGGUCAGUGAUGGUGCAGCACAGAGGCACGGUACAGCACCACCCUUCUGGACAGUGAUGGUGCAGCAUAGAGGCAUGGUACAGCGCCAUCAUGAGCGUAUUGGUGCAGCACAGACAAGCGAUACAGCACCACCCUUCUGGACAGUGAUGGUGCAACACAGACGGACGGUACAGCACCAUCCUUCCAAGUGUGAUGGUGCAGCAUAGACAGGUGGUACAGCACCACCCUUCUGGUCAGUGAUGGUGCAACACAGAGUAACAGUACAGCACCAUCCUCAUGAGCAUGACGGUGUAGCACAGACGAGCAGUACAGCACCGCCCUUCUGGACAGUGAUGGUGCAACACAGACGGACGGUACAGCACCACCCUUAUGAGCGUUAUGGUGUAGCACGUCUAUUCCCCUCAGAGUGGAGUACUUCAAAGGCAUGAAGCCUCAGCAAGCAGGACAGUGCUUUCAGGCGGCCUUGUUUACCCAGUCUCAUCUCAGGACCCAGUGAACUGAAGCACACACCGGAGUGCAGACAGAUUCCUCCACGGCACCUCAGCCAAUCCGCAUUGCCUCUCCCUGUUUCUUAGGGAUUUUCUCUUUAUGUUUGGGGGCAAUUCCAACAAUUCCUACUAUAACAAUUAUGACUUGUUACAGAAUAGAUGGGCUACCACUUUUGCUGGGAUUUUUAGUAUCUUUUUUUUCUUUUUCUUUUCCCCCUGUCUGAUUUCCGGGCAGGCGGAGCACCAUGUGACUGUGCUGUUGACAUAACGGUCGCAUGCUUUGACUUUGAUCACAAACAUGCCAUUUCCCCCCAAAGCCCCUGUGCCUGAUGCUCUCCAUCGCGGGUCACAGCUCAGCGCCUCGCGGCGUUUAAUUCCUGCAGUGUCUGGAGCAGCGCUCCGCUUAGCAGUAGCAUCGCUCCGUGUCAUGAAGCGCUGUCCCGUGCCGGUGCCCGCGGUCCACAGUGCCGCGCGAGCGCACGGCUCAUCAGGAGCGUCAGGCGCGUCCGACUGGCGCGGCGACGCGUUGAGCAACCGUGCUUCCUAACCCAAUCAGAAUGCAGAACCGCUGCGCGUGCUUUUCCACGCGCUUUUGUUAUCUCUUCUGGGCCACCACUCAGAUAUUGUGACCCGUGAUCUUCGAUCUUUGAUUUGUAAUAAUGACCAAUGCCCAAAGUUGUUUUUUUUAUUUUUCUUAUAUCUAGCCAAAAGGUUGCCCAUGUCAAAUCAAAAUUGACCAUUGUUUAAAUUGAUAAACCAAUGAACGAGUCUGUUCCGACCUGUUUCUCUUGUAAGCUUCAAUUAAUAUUUGUGCAGAAAACCUGCUGUAAAGUUGCUUGCUGUUUUUAUUUAACUUUUGUGGUUUUCAUUUCUUAUCAGAAAUCCUCAGUUGUGUGCCUAAGGGGAUCACAGCUACAAGAAAACAGGAGUUCAUAAUAUCUGUCUCAUUUGCUGCUGAAAAGACUGAAGAGAACAGUCUGUGUAAAUUAUUUAAUAUAGAAAAUGGCAUUCAUGUUUGUCUCAGAGUUAAGUAUUUAACAUUUCAUGGUUUAUGUUGGUUCUUUGUUUUUUGGGAAAUGAAAUGUAAAGGGCACAUUUUUGGAUAUGUGUCUGCGGUUGUUUUAUGUUCUGUUCGACACGGGAGAAUUGCUUAAUUAUGGCGUGGAAAGAACGGGUGACCGUUUACCUACGAUGCCCGAUGUGUAGUGAACAUCUGUGAGGUGGUCCGUGGGCGGGUGUGCCACCGCACCCUGCCCACCGGGUCGGACCGCCCCCCUCGUCGCGUUUUGAUUUUGCCAUCUUGUCUUCUGAAUUCGGAUCGGCCGGGGACAGGCUCGUAGUUCUUCCUGCCCGGUCGUCGCCAGCACCAACCACGUCUUCCACUGUAUAAAAUGUAGAGAAUUGGGUGGGUUAAUUAAUGAACAAAUGUCAAAUUGAGGAAACUGGUGGUUUGGGGUGAAUUUACGGAUGCGUGGAUGAAUGCAGUGCUCGAUUUAAACGAAUGAACAAUCCAAUGGAUGUUUGAAUUGGUACAGGAGAAGUGAGUGGAUGGAUGGAUGAAUGAAAGAACGAAUGCAAUGGAAAGCAGUAGGGCAGCUCCAGCAGAAUGGACACCCCCCCCCCCCCCACCUCCAACCUGAGAGAACAUGGAAGUGUUUGUCUGCUCUGAAACCUGUUGUGUAAUAAAGUAGAGAUGUUUCCCUUUCUCUU